AUGGUGAUUCCGUCGACGGAUUAUAGAUUUCUUCAUCGGAUUUUUAUCGAAAAAGGUAAUCUUUAUGGUUUGUGUUUCUGUACUCGAGCUUUCUCUGGUCUCAGUGAUGAUUGCAGAGAGAUUUUGAGAAAUGGGCUUCGUGAUAUUAAGUUAGAUGAUGCUAUUGCUUUGUUCAGUGAGAUGGUAAAGUCUCGUCCUUUGCCUUCGAUUAUUGAGUUUAGUAAAUUAAUGAGUGCUAUUACGAAGAUGAAGAAGUAUGAUGUUGUCAUCUCUGUGGGCGAGCAGAUGCAAAAGUUAGGAAUUGCACAUAGUCUCUACACUUACAGCAUUUUGAUCAACUGUUUUUGCCGCCGCUCUCAGCUCUCUCUUGCUUUAGCUGUUCUUGGGAAGAUGAUGAAACUCGGCUACGAGCCUAGCCUUGUCACGUUUAACUCGCUGCUCAAUGGUUUCUGUCGUGGGAAUAGGAUUUCAGAUGCAGUAUCUCUGGUUGAUCAAAUGGUGGGAAUGGGAUAUAAACCGGAUACAGUGACAUUCAACACUCUAAUCCAUGGACUUUUUCUCACCAACAAAGUCUCAGAAGCGGUGGCUUUAGUUGAACGGAUGGCUGUGAAAGGCUGUCAACCAGAUCCUUUUACUUAUGGUGUGGUGAUAAAUGGAGUAUGUAAGAGAGGUGAUACUGACUUUUCUUUAAAGCUGCUCAAAAAGAUGGAAGAAGGGGAAAUUAAGGCGAAUGUUGUAAUCUACAAUACAGUCAUUGAUUGCCUUUGCAAAUACAGAAACGUGGAUGAUGCAUUCGACCUAUUCAAUGAAAUGGAGAACAAAGGAAUUAGACCGGAUGUUGUGACGUACAGCUCCCUCAUAAGUUGCCUUUGUAAUUGCGGAAGAUGGAGUGAUGCCUCUCGAUUACUUCGUGAUAUGAUUGAGAGGAGAAUCAACCCCAAUGUAGUUAGUUUCAAUGCAUUGAUAGAUGCAUUUGUGAAGGAAGGGAAACUUUUCGAGGCUGAAAAACUGUAUGAGGAAAUGAUCCACAGGUCUGUAGAUCCUAAUACCAUCACUUACAAUUCACUAAUUAAUGGGUUUUGUAGGCAUGCUCGCUUAGAGGAGGCUAAACAGUUGUUUGCUUUGAUGGUUAGCAAUGACUGUCUCCCAGAUGUUGUGACAUAUAGUACUCUUAUAAAUGGAUUUUGCAAGUCUAAGAAGGUAGAGGAUGCCAUGGAACUCUUUCGUGAGAUGUCUCAAAGAGGAUUGGUUGGAGUCACAGUCACUUAUAACACUCUUAUCCAAGGUUUUUUUCAAUCUGCUGAUUGUGAGAAUGCCCAACAAGUUUUCAAACAGAUGGUUUCUGAUGGUGUGCCUUGUGAUAUUAUGACAUACAGCAUUUUGUUAGAUGGACUUUGUAAAAACGGGAAGCUAGAGAAAUCAUUGUUGGUAUUCCAAGAUCUGCAAAAGAGUGGUAUGGAACUCAAUAUUUUCACAUAUAGUAUUAUCAUUGAAGGGAUGUGCAAGGCUGGUAAAGUUGAAGAUGCGUGGAAAUUAUUUUGUAGCCUCAGCCACAAAGAAGUGAAGCCUAAUGUUGUAGCAUUCAAUACAAUGAUCUCAGGCUUGUGUGGGAAAGGCUUGAAGGAGGAAGCAGAUGCCUUGUUCAGGAAAAUGAAAGACGACGGGCCUCUCCCAGAUAGCGGUACCUAUAAUGCGCUGAUUAGGGCACACCUUAGAGAUGGUGACAAAGCCGCAUCAGCUAAACUCAUAAACGAAAUGAGGGGUUGCGGGUUCUGUGGAGAUGCUUCGACAAUAAGAAUGGUCUUUAAUAUGCUGUAUGAUGGGAGAUUGGAAAAAAGCUUUCUGGACAUGCUUUCUUAA